AUACUACUUUCUAUGGUAGGUAAAUAAAGAAACUAAUUGGAAAAUGUUUAUAGCCAAGUGAUAGCCAUGUGAAACUAACUAGUAUCUCUCGAUGUACUAAUUAUAAUAGUUCCUUACCAGCUAUAAGAUGGACAUCGAUAAUUUAAGUAACCUUAGUCAUGAUGAUCUUAUAGAAUCAACUCAAUUAACCCUUGGAACGCUACUUAGGACUGAUCCUCUGCUUAGUGAUCUUCCACAAGAUAUUAUUUUAGAAGAAAUUGUAUCUCAGAUUGCUGUGGAAAAUGGACAGUCAAUAACAAUAUUUAUAUCUAGAGACCCAGAACCUACUCUUAAAGUAAUUGUACCACAAAAUGCAACAGUUCGUGAUCUGAAAAAAGCAACGGCAAGACAUUUUGAACUUCAACAAAAGAGAACAGGGCUCAAAGUGAAGAUAUCUUGGAAAUACAUUUGGAAGACUUACCAUUUGGCAUAUGAUAGUUUAAUUUUAGAUAAUGAUGACCAGUGCAUUGAAGACUAUGGUGUAUGUAAUAAAGUGGUUUUAACAUUUAAAAAAAAGAAAAAAAUAAAACAAUAAGUAUAUUCCAAUCGCUUUAUUAACUUAA